UGGGGACAUCCUACCAAUCGCAUUCGGGACUGUAGCGCCCCACAUAAAAGGUCCUUUCGAGUCAGGAUCAGUCCUUUCAUGUAAAGAAUAUAACUUCCGUGAAAAGACAGAAUUACACUAUUGUGGAGCAUUUUCAACACUAGUGAACUUCUUAUUUAUUUGACUAGGAACGUUCCUUGCCAACGGAUAAAGAACGAGGCAAGUUGAAAGAAAUUUAUGGACUAGCUCGUGCGCUAACUUUAGCAUGACGUCCCGACGAGGCGAGUACGAUGUGCUUUACUCACUCAGCGUGGAUUCCUAUGGAAGAUGCCAGAAGAUACGACGGAAAUGUGAUGGGAAAGUUAUGGUGUGGAAGGAGAUCUUUUAUGGCACUUUGACAGAGAGCGAGACACAGAGGCUGAUGUCCGAAGUGAAGUGCCGAAAGAAGCUGAAGCACCCGAACAUUCUGAGAUGUUACGACUGGAUCGUUGACAGCGCCAACACCAAGCUGUACAUGGUGAUGGAGGACUGCCAGGGUGACACCCUGGCCAGCCUCAUUACUUCUACAUCAAGGGAAAGACGUCAUUUGGAUGAGCAGUUCAUCCUGCGAGUACUGGCUCAGCUCUCGUCAGUCCUGAAAUUCCAAAGGACGAGAAAGAGCAGGCCUGCCAGCUUCCUUCAUCACAACUUGAAACCAGAAAACAUCUUCUUGGACAGCGAGCAGAAUGUGAUGCUUGGAACGUGUUCUUACAUCCCCACAGUGAGUGCAUUUACCUUUUUUACUCAGUGGUUUGUGUGGACAAUGGCGCUUCUAAAUUGUUUCGACCAUUCUCUUGUUUUCACAUCUAUUCUUCAGGAACAAAGGAACAAGAUGUCCUUCAAUGACAAAUGUGAUGUCUGGUCACUAGGCUGUUUACUGUAUGAGCUCUGUACUCUGUGCCGCUAUUUUCCUGCACAAGAACAAAGAGUUCUUGCAGAGAAGAUGCCAGCAGCGACUUUCAUAAGAAUCCCUGGACUGUACUCUGAGGAAUUGGGCAUACUCCUCAACAAUAUGCUCAAUUUGACAGGCUCCCUGAGACCAUCUGUGGAAUCCAUUUUCCAGAGCAACCUGCUGGCGGAAGCGGUAGGGGAGGAAACCAAGAAGACGCAGUUGUGGCUUCAGAGGCGUUUAAAGCGAAUUGAGUUGAAUAAGAAGCUGCGGUGCGUUCGCAAAAAUAAGGAAAACCUUUCGCCAAUUGAUCCUCAGUUUGUGAUGCUCCACAAGAUUGCGAGGAGGCUCCGGACGGACAGUCAGCAUGCGAGCCAAGUGGACAAAGAACCAGUCGGUGUCUGUAGCCUCCGUUUGUGACAGCCAGAACUGAAUAUACUGUAAAUGUUUAUAUACCUUUUAAAUCCGACUUAGAUACGACUGCUGAUGAUUUUUAUGAAUUUGUUUCUAAACGGUUCUCUUCAUGAUGUUGUCCACAUUUUGACAUUAUGAUACCAAGUCACUAAGAGUUGAUCAAGAAGUACUUUGGUAUAGCAGACUUCAAACAGGAAGUUCUCAGAAGGAAGUUGGAAGUUGGGACUUUGCUGGAAAUAAAUUGAAAAAAAAAACUGUUGUGAAAUUUGUAAUUAAGUUUAUUUUCAUGGACUACAAAGACAAUGAAGAAUUGAAUAUUUAAUAUGUAUUUAAUGUGGCUUUGGAUAACCUCUGAGACAUAACGUUUUUUAUGAAUUUAUGUGCAUGUAUAGUUAAACCAACAACAAUAAAACAAUACAGUGCCAAACACUAGAUCACUAAUA